GUGGGGAAGCUGUCACCACCGCUGUCACCAGGGCAACAGUGGUCUUCGAUCUCGUCACAGACGUAGCGGCAUGCCAGCAGACUGCAGCGAGAGUGGGCCCUCGGCUAGUGGAAGAGGGCUGGAUAGAGAUGCUCCAACCCAUACCCAAUGCACGACAUGCGAUAACGCCGACUCUGCAGAACUCUAUAGGCCGUAUGGUCUUGGCCUUAUGUGA